CAGGACCCACGCGGGCGGCUGGUGGCAGAGCUGUUGCUGCGGGCCGGCCCCGCCUGCAGCAUCCUCUGCCUGUGCUCCCGCGCCUUCGUCGAGGGUGCGGAGGGACCCGGAGCCCACCCGAGCCAGAUGGAGGGCCGGGUUUCUCAGCGCGGUGUGGGAAGUGCUGCUCGCGGGCGUCUGUCGUCGAGAUCGAAAAUUGUAUAAACUGGGAUUAAAAGGAUUUUAUGUCAAAGAUGACAAUGACAGUACAGGAGAUGAACAGCCAUCUGAGGAGAACCAUUGUCCCAAUGCAUCCACAUUGAAGGUGGAUACUAAUCAUGCUCUAGACCUGGAAGAAGUUGAACUAGACUCAGAGGCUGAGCUUAUGAAGAGCAUGGGAUUGCCUCUUCAGUUUGGUGGGCAGUCAGCCCACAGAGACAUUGUGGCAACAGAAAGUUAUAGAAAGAGAAGUAACAUGAAGAUUAUGAAAAAGAAAAAGAAGAAAAAAGAGUUACAGCAAAAACAUGAGCAUAAAAUGGGACAGGAAUGCCAGAAUCAAGUUUGUGGUGAUCAUAUCCAGUCCAUUUCUCAUGAUCUGGCCCUAACUACAGAGCAAUGUGAGAAAAGCAACAAACCUCACGUUGUAAGUGAAGGGAACUUUGAAAGUUCAGAAAGUCUUGCAAAUGAGACUUUACCCAGUGAACUUAAAGAAAAAUGGGAGAAGUACUGGAGUGAGUAUGGGGAGGGCCUUCUUUGGCAAAGUUGGUUGGAGAAGCAUCAAGAGAUCUCGUCGUCUGAGACCACCUCUGCCUCUGAGCCUUGGAAUAGUCCAGAUACAAGGGAAGAAUGGGAGCGGCAUUAUAGCGAACUGUACUGGUAUUACUGGGAACAGUUUCAGUACUGGACAAGUCAGGGAUGGACUACUGAGAGCUCACAUGGAGACAGUGUGAAAGCUGAUGGGAUUACCCAGGAGACGGUAAUGGAUUUGAUUAGCCCAGGGACUGAACACAGUGAAGUGCUGAGCUUGGAGCUUUCUACCUCUAACACCAGAAUUGAGGAAACACUCCCUUCAAGUGCUGAUCCCCACAGUGAAAUAACCUCUGGGAUUUGUAAUUUAAACCUGAAUUUGGAGGAAGUGGAGCAAUGUAGCACAGCUUCCCACCAAGGUCCUCAAGAGCAUAAUUCACCUGACAGUGAAAGCCAGGAAGAGCCCUGUGAUGGAGGAACCAGGAAAAGGAGUGCAUCUUGUGAAAAUAAAAGUAUUAAGCAAUCAGGUUUGCAGGGGUCAUGUAGUUCAAACUCUAAUGACAAAGAACAGUUGCUGCAUUGUGACCGAGAUGAAGACGAGGAUGAAGAGCCUCCUGAAUGCAGGCAUGUCAAAGUCAAGAGAAGCCAUGAACUGGAUGUGGAUGAGAACCCAGUGGAAGAUCCUGAGAAAACCUGUUCUGCUUUGGGUUUUAAGUGCGGCACAGGACAAAAGUAUGGUGGAAUUCCCAAUUUCACCCACCGAAGCGUGCAGUACUUGGAGAAAAAAGCAAAACUCAAGUCCAAAUUCUUGGAUAUGCGUAAACCAAAGAAGAGCAAAAACACACACAUCUUCUUUACAGAGGAAUCUGAAAUGUCUUGCAAAAAAAAUAAAACUUUGAAGAAGGUGGAAAUGUUCCUAAAGCAGGUUAAUAAAUCCGGAGCGGAAGCCACAUCCCAGGCAGCCUCAACUCAGGGCAAAGCGGUGGCAAUGUCCAUGAGCAGCGACUCGGAGGAUCAGGAAGGCACUACUACUGCACAGACUGCAACGCUGAGCACUGAAAACCAAAAGCCACCGUCUUCCACUAUGUCCCCCAUGGAACCUGAAAGGGGUUGCCUUGAGGAGGAAGCACAGGAGGCGGCAGCAAGCACCUCCAGUGGCCAGGGUGCGGGAAGGCAGGAGAGGCGGCAGCUAGUCUCUCUGGAUAUUCCUGAUUAUCUCUGUGAAGAGACAGAGGACGUCAGCCAAGAUGUAGAUGAAAAAAAUAUCACAAAGAAGAAGGAGAAAAAAAGGAGAAGAAGGAACAAAAUUGCACUGGGAGCUAUGCCUGCCGAGAUUGCUGCUGAUCCGGAGCUCAUGAAGUACUGGGCACAACGCUACCGGCUGUUCUCUCGGUUUGAUGAGGGAAUUAAGCUGGACAGAGAGGGCUGGUUUUCUGUUACUCCUGAGAAAAUAGCUGAGCAUAUUGCCAUCCGGGUUAGUCAGUCAUUCAACUGCGAUAUCAUAGUGGAUGCAUUCUGUGGAGUUGGAGGAAAUGCUAUUCAGUUUGCAUUGACCUCAAAAAGAGUGAUUGCAAUUGAUAUUGAUCCUGAGAAGCUCAAUCUUGCACGCAACAAUGCCGAGGUAUAUGGCGUGGCGGAUCAGAUAGAAUUUGUGUGUGGAGACUUCAUGAUGCUGGCUGCUGACCUGAAAGCAGAUGUUGUGUUCCUCAGCCCACCCUGGGGGGGACCGGACUACGCCACGGCUGAAAUCUUCAAUAUCAAGACCAUGAUUUGCCCAGAUGGAUUUGAAAUUUUCAGGCUCUCCAAGAAGAUCACCAACAAUAUUGUGUACUUUCUACCUCGGAAUGCUGAUAUCGACCAGGUGGCUUCCUUAGCAGGACCAGGAGGCAAAGUUGAAAUAGAGCAAAAUUUUCUCAAUAACAAACUGAAGACAAUAACAGCUUAUUUUGGUGAUCUAAUAAGGCAUGACACCUUGUGAACCCAGCGUGGAUUCUUCCAAACCCAACCUUCCUGACUGCUGCUUUGCUUAAGCUUUUUGUACAGCUGGGUGGUCAAAAAUGACUUGGAGCUAUUUUCCACUUUAAUUUCUGUUUACAGAAAGUGUUCUGUUUAUUGCUACUGUCAAUAAAUGUUUUAUAAUAAUUUUGACAGAACUGAAAAUGUAAAGGAGCUGUGAAUAUGGGGGAGGGAGGCGGAGAAGAUCUCUGUUAAGGUGCAGUCUUGCGAGGUUCAGGUCCAGCCAGUUGAAGGGGAGUUCAGGAUUUCUUUGCAGCUCUCACAUGUGCUACUUCUGUACUUGCUCUGGUUUUGAGUGUUCAGAGGGCCAAAAGGAGUAUCCUGAAAGCUGUUGUGCAUCAAGAACUGCUGUCUGUGCUUGAGAAACAGAAGUAUCUGAACAUCAGGUGCAACUAGGUGGUCAAAUACACUGCCAGAGUUUAGCCCGUUCAGCUCUCUGGCUGCAUGCUCACUGGGAAACCUUUUCAGGUUUUUUUGUAGGAUGAAGGUCAACGUGUUUCUUACAGUGAGUACUCCAGGUUGUUGCAGCACAGGGGGAGAGCAGGGCAAGUUUGUGCAUAGUUCUACCUUCUGGUGUUCGUUAUUUGUUUUCCUCCUUCCCCAACCUUUUCAUUACGAAGAUGCUUUGAAGAAACCUAACUGGGGGUUUGUCUCAAUAUGCAGAGGGGUAUGCGUCCCUUCUCUUUUUGGGAACUUUUGUAUCCUUGCACAGGUUUCAGGUAGGGCAGGGGGAACCCGGCUCUCCCUGGUGAGGGCUUUCUGUUCCCACUUGGGGUUUUGCAAGGGGAAGAGUGGCUUUCGGGCCCUUCACCAAGUAUAAAAUAAGGCAAGUAAGAAGUGUCUAGGGCACCGAUAUGGUGCUCUCACUGAAAUGUGCUUUUGGAAAUACCGAGGAUCAAUUUUGAGCCUGGUUUUGAGGUAAUAGGGUAGGAAUACAGUUUCUAAGAUGCUAAAUUAACUGAAUGCUGCUCCUCUUCUGUUUGGAGCACAGCAGGACACUGAAAGCAGCAGAGCUAAGAAGUAAACCACUAACAGUGGUAGUGCCAGUCUCUGGACAAUAUUGGAAAGGAAUUGUAAAGGAAAGACAUUAUCAACUCUUCAGUAUUCCUUAGAAGUUUGCUGUUAGGAGGCAGGAGAAGGUGGUAGGAGUGCUAGUAUUACAGGAGGUCCAAGCCAACUGUAGCAGUGGCACGUGAAUAUAAUGAUGAUGUUCAAUUUUCACUACAAGCUACAAAAGCAAUCCCAAGGAAAAGUCAUUAGGACCGAUGAAGAAUAAAUUAAUCUAUACUGUGUAUGUCACAGUACUCCCUAUGCUAAAAUUUGAGUGUGUUUGGCUUAUUGCUGCUUACAGAAAUACUGUUGUCUUAUUCUUUGGUCUUAUUUUCCUCCCUAAAGUUAGGGAGUAGCUUUAGAAGCAUUUUGAGAUCUUGCUGAUUGUGUUCCUGGAAAAGGAAACUCUCUGGGGGAAAUACCAGUGAAUUUACUUUUACCUUCAGAAAAGUAGUCAAUUUUGCUCAGUGCCCAGUGUGCAGAAUAUGGAAGCUGGAAUAAGAGAUCAGAGGUACAAUAUUUACUGGUUUAAGGUUUACUUCCAGUAUAAGGAACUGACUGUUAAAAAGGAACAGUUUACUGAAAGUUUCUGCUGAGCUUUGCAAGCACAUGAAGCCCCAAAAGCAGAAUACUCUUCUUGGUGGCUGUUCUUUCUGUAACCGACAAAAAAACUUGGAAGUCAGAAUGUACUCUGCUGGGUUGUGAUAAAUACUUGGCUUAAGCUUCCCACUUGCACAGGACAGGUGAGGUUCGCCAGGGCUGUGAAUCAGUCUGUUUGUUAAGCCUAAAAUACAUCUAUGUGUAUUUUUCUUUGUUGUUAGUAAUUUCAACAAACGCUUCCUGGAGGACAGCUUCAUUUGUGAUACAAGUUUCUGUAAAACUUCGUUCUGCUUAUGUUGUAGGAAAAAAGUUAACACGGGCUGGGACAUAGUUAAAUUUCUGCACUUCUCAUGCCCUGAGUCUUAAUACCCUUUUGGGGCUCAAGUAGCAUUUUGUGUAUGAUAGUUUAGGCUACAAAGAAGUUACGUUACUCCUGUAAAAUAAAUACUCAUAGAGGUUUGGUCUUCUACCAAUUUUAAGCCACAAAGUAAGCUGUACCAAAAAAUGCAGAUUUGGGGUUUGGAAGUUAACUAAUAUUUGUACUAAAUGUAAUAAAUACAUACUGGUGUAUACUUUC